AAGGAGAGAGGAAGCAAGGGAAGCAACGUGGAGAGAUUAGAAGGAGAAUACAAAUUUGUGGUUGUCAAACAUUUACAUCACACUGCCCUAUAAGGCUAUAACCAAAGAAUUAUUGAGUGCUCUUUCCACUCCAAUGGCUACUCCUUUUGGGCCUCUUCACGGAUUCAUCUCACCAUCAAAAUUCAGUCCUCAUGAAGCCUUUCCAUUAAACAAACAAACACAUCUUCCUCUUCUUAUGAAACGAAACAAACAAUUAAGCAAGUCAAUCAACGCCGUCGUCGCCACCGAUAUUAUUACUUCAGACCCAACUCAGGUGGAUAUCACUUGGCAAAUUGUUGUUGGCUCUUUGGCCGGUUUGACACCUUUUGUAGUUGCUGGAGUGGAGUUCAGCAAGAGAAUUGUGAAACAGAGAAAAUGUGAAGUUUGUAGGGGUUCAGGACUUGUUCUCAAGAACAAAUUUUUUAAACGAUGUCCUAGUUGUGGUACUAUGCUAUCCUACUCUACUGAGGAUUUCUUCCUUGGCAGUCUUGGAGAAGAUUCUUCACCGGUUAAUUUAUAGUAA